GUUAGCACUGUAGGUAGAGGUUUUACCCGCUAUGCCACAGCGUGGCCCCCUCUUCAAUACAUUUAACUUCUGAAAUUCUCUCUUCAGUUUCUGUCACUCCGGAUCUGUUACUUAAUUACUGCCUCAACUUGCUUAAAAUCAUGAUUUUAAUGCAACUAAAUAGGUGCAGUAAUUUACUCCUCCAAGGUGCCUGAUUUUCUGUCAUGAUAAAGGAUUCACUGUAUUCCAGAUUAAUCAUAACAGUUUAGAUGCAUGUGCUGCCUCAGGGGGAGAGAAAUGGAUGAACAGGCGAUGUUACCUUUGGUCACUUUGCUGUGGACCAUCCUUGCCCACCGGACUAUUGCCUGGCAGACAGUCAAGAUUGCUUCAUUGCAAGGGCGCAGCUCCACAUUUUAUUUCUCAGUUCAGUCACCCAGUGCACUGCAACAGGAUCCCCCAACCCACCCAAAAAAAAAAAAUUGCUGGGAAGAGCUCAUUGCUAGGCCACAGCUGCAGAGUUUCCGGCCAGGAGAAGGAACGUGGACCAGGCGCCUUUCUCCAGAGGGAGUGGCUUCCAAAAUCACCCAGUGCCCAUCUCCACAAGGACGGCAGCAGGAAAAGUUGCUCAGUCUUCAAGAAUGCUGGGAUUGCCUGUGUGUCGAAGAGUUUAAAUCAGCAGUGAUCCAGCAAAUAAGCAGACACAGCAGGUUGCCUCUCUUGGCAGGUGGAAGAAGAAACCUACGAAGUAGACAACUGGGAAAGAAAAAUGUGACUGCGGAGCUCAGGCAUGGCGAGCCCCUUUAUCCUGUCACUCUUCUGGGGAGAGAGAACCACUGGACAAAACACCAUGUGACUCCCACUAACUGCAGGAUACAGUCCAGACCCCUUGACACCCCGACUGCAGCACGUUGCUUCUGCCAGGCUUCUCCUCAAGCUGGAAGCCGCCACAGGCUACUUCCGGAGAGGGAGGCGGCCGUAGAGAAGAUGCACACACCUGAUGUUAUCUCCAGGAGCUCCGUCUGCUGCACACCCCUGCCCUGCACAACCCUCCAGGCUGAGCCACUGACUGCCCAGCUUCCGCGGAGCUCUGAUGGCCCACAGCAACUGCCACUCUGUGGUCUGCACAUCCAGCUCCCCACCCUGAUUGCGGCAAGGUUGUUCUUUCUCUUAAACUGGACUUAGGCCCACAGCUGACCCCUGGGUGCAUGUAGUGUGACUCCAGUGCCUCGUGGUCCCUCUUCCGGGUCAGGUAGGCUGCACCGGUGGCUCUCGGCACAUUCUGGAAGUGUGCUUUCCCCUGAUCCUCUCUGAAUGGACCUCUCUUGUCUCAUUCUGUGAUGGUGAAUGGCAGGGUUCUUGUCUUCAUACAAGCAAGAAUUCAGGCACGAGACAGAGAGUAGUGGAAAGUAAAAUAGCAAGGUUUAUUAGGGAAAGGACAUCCAUAAGAACGAUGGGCACCUCUCCAGACAGAACCUGAGAGAGAGUGCCCAGGUGCUCGGACUGGGGGAAGAGCGAGAUUACACGGUUGAGUGGAGAGAAUACCCCUGGCCAGGCCAGGCGGGCGGCUCAGCAUAGAGGCAGAGGGCUGAGCACACAGUCCAGUUGAGGCCAGGGGUUUUAAGGAGAUGGGUCUUUGUCUUCACACAUCUCCUCCUGAAACAAAAGACUUUAUGGAUGAAAUACUAAAAAACUCCUAUCUGCGUUUUCCCCCUGAAGGUAUCAGACAGGAGGAAGCCUAGCUGGCGCCGCCCUGGGUUAGAGGAAGGGUGAGCAAGACCCCCUGAGGAUCGGGAUCCAAGCAGGAUACUUGAAAUACAGAUACUGGGCUGCAUCUGGAAGAUUAUCAGGCAGAAGGGGCGGAGCCCCCUACCUGGCAGGUUAUCAGGUAGAAGGGGGAAGGGCAGGAUGCGGAUACUGGACUGCCCCUGAACCGUUAUCGGGAUGACUUUGAGAUGCAUAGAUGUCAACUCUUUAGGCCUUUAUGUCACACACACAGAAGCUCAUAUCUGACUUCCUACCUAACAAUUCUUCAAGCAGCUCCUCGAGUGUACCCUUCCUUGUGAAUUCCUCCUGUCCCCUUUCCCAU